AUUUUAUAGAGAAGGACUUGUUUGUUUUCGUUCGAAAGCUAGCUUUUCUCAACUCUUUUGACAUCCUAUUCCGCUUUAUAACCAUAUUAUGUUACAACACAGCUAAUUCAUAUUUAAUCAGCAAUGACAUGGCAGAGAGUGAGCUUGCUACGUUCAGAGAGCGUUGGAAACACGAGUUAAAGAGUAAAAAAGAAGAUCAGCGGCUUGUUUGUGUAGCUUCUUCCUCCAGGCAUGUUUCUGAUAACUUGGGUCAGAGAGACUUAAAAGAUACCAACGAGUCCAACCAUCAUUUAACACAAAAAGAGACUAGUUACAUUGAGGAUGAAGAAUUUGUCGGAAGAAAAAAGAAAACUGCCGUAGAAACAGAUGAUCAACCUGAGUAUGUGUCCAUUGCACGCAGUUUACUAGAUGGGAGGACCAGUCCCCUGUUGGACAGGAUUCAGGAGGAGAGAACCAGGAGAAAAAGGCUCUAUCAAAACAUGACCGAUGCCUGCAGUGCAUCCUUGAAGCAGCUAAGACAGCCUCAGAAAAAGGUCAAAAAAGAAGAGGAGCUGGUGGAUCAACUCAUUCAAGAUCUGAAUGAAGUAAAUGACAUCCCCUUCUUUGACAUUGAGUUGCCAUAUGAGUUAGCCUUGAAGAUAUUCCAGUAUCUCAACUGUGCUGAACUUGGCCGUUGUGCCCAGGUGAGCAGGGCAUGGAGAGUCCUUGCAGAGGACGGCGUUCUGUGGUUCAAGCUGUGCAUGAGGGAGGGAUACCAUCAGAGCGCCAGUGUGCCUGACUCCCCCUGCUGGAAGAGCACCCUGCGAGACUGCAGGAACUUGGCCAAAACUGUGCAAUCCAACUGGAAGAAUCGAGUGGGAUCGAUUAGCCAGCUGCAGUUCGAGCUGGGGAAGGUGUUGUGUGACGUCAGCUCCUGCGACAACUUUGUCUUAGCCGGGUACACAUCCGGUGAUGUGAGGCUGUGGGAUACACUGCAUUGGGACUCAACAGCCUCCUACCUGAAGACCAACAGUCUGUCGGCUAACACAAACCCCAGACCACAUGUCAGUCAUGUCCAGGUCAACAGCACAGUGGCUGCUGCUGCAUAUGAAGAUGGCUGUGUAGACCUGUGGAGCACAGAAACAGGUGGGGAGCCCAUCCACCACUACCAGAGCCCAGGAAGGAUCCAGGCUCUGGCGUUGAGUCCAGAUUGUCCCGUCUUGAUCUCUGCUGCUGGAUCAGACGUCCGGCUUGACAGUGCCACUGACUGUGGCUACUGGAGGACAGUGUGCCAGACUCGGCUUCCUAAUACUGUGAGUCAGGUAGAGAGUCUGAUUUUGGUACCGGGCAUGGCAGACCAGUGUCCGCUGGCUGCUUUGGCAGCAGGAGAUGCUGUCUACUUGUUGAACCCCAGAGAAGAGGAGCCACAGACGCUGCACUCAGUCUAUGGCCAUCCUGUAACCUGUCUGGAUGCAUCUGACUCCCUUGUUGGUUUUGGGGUGAAGCGCACAGGCUGGGCCAUGCAUGAUGGUGGCAACAAGAUCCACGUCUACAGCCUAGAGACGAGCAAACCAGCAGUUUGCGUCGGCAACUCCCCAGGAGAUUUCACUUGCAUCAACGUGAGAGACAGCCCUCCUCAUCUGCUGGUGUGUGGAAACAAAGACAGGAGGGUGAGGGUGUUUGACCUAAGAACCGGAUCCUCUGUGGUGUCCCUGUAUGCCCACCAUCUCGGCGUCACCUCAGUGCAGGUGGAUGACUGGAAGAUUGUGAGUGGCGGAGGCGAGGGAUUGGUGUGUGUGUGGGAAAUGAGGAUGGGAACUAAGCUGUGGGAGAUGCACAACAGGCAUCCUGUAAGGCAUGUACGUUUCAACACCAGCACCCUGCUAACAGCUAACAUUCCCGAUGACAAGUCACCACGAGGAGCCUGCAUCACAGAUGACGACCUUACAGCUCAUCGCAGACACAGAGGAGUUAUCUGCCACUACGACUUCUCUGAGGACGCGCUGUCACAGGACCACAUCCUCCCCAUCUGCAGGUCCGACUACACCGGAUCGUACGGCUACAACUACAACAUCAGCCUGGCGGUGCCCUACGACAGGCUGUCUGGUUCCCAUCCAUCUCACUGACAAGAGAGACUCUCUGUGUAGCUGAACAGACAAUAGUAACAUUCAUCAGCUUGGCUCUCCAAACUGCAGCGUCUGAGUUUCCCUUUUUAUAUAAUGCUUGUUGAAUCGAGACUUUUGGAAAUGAUGCAUGUUGAAAUCAGCUGCACAGAUAUCGCAAUGUUAGCCUUUUAAACCAUAACUGUAAAUUAUUUUUAAAAUA